AUGAGGUCGCUGAGUGAAGAGUCAUGCUCAUCCAGUGCAGUGAGGAGUGAGGCAACCAGAUAUCCCCUAGCAAACUUGGUAAGUAAAUGUAGUGGGAAGAGUAUAUAUGCCAAAGAAACACAAAGCAAAAAGAGGGACAUUCUCCAGCAAGGGGAGAAUAUGGGUGGACAAGGAACAUUUACCAGCUUGGCUAAUGCACCAAGUUUGGCUCCAGCUCAUUACUCUGCCUCUACUUUCCAGACUAAGUCAGGUUCAGAUGAUGGUUGGUUGUUUGAAGGAUAUGCAUCUGGUUCAGGGUCCAACAUAGUGCAUCUUCAGCUUCUCAGUUCUCCACUGAAGAUACUUUUGGUGAUUAUCCGGUCCCCAAAUUACAUGUCGAUGCCACAGCAUCUUUUGAGAAAAGCAAACAUGAUGCCCCUGCUAAAUAUUCACCCUGCAACAGCUUUUUUCCUGGAAAGCUUGCGUUCCGCCAAUCUCAUAAGAACACUUCUUUUCCAAACACUAGGUCUGGGUUAA